AUGAAAAAUGACAGUAGUGAAAACUCGAAACAAAAGAAAAGACGAUUUCGUAUAUUGUUUGCAGUUGGAUUAAUUUUACUCAUUCUACCUAUAGUGUCAGUAUUAGUGGACCCUCAGUUCCACAUCAUGAUAUAUAUGACAAGAGUAGCAAAAGGGUCUAAAAUCUACAAUAUCCUAGCCAGAGAGAAUCCGGGUACGCUGGUCCGUGUGUAUGUGUUUAAUAUUACUAACAGCGAAGCUUUCAUGUCCGGCGAGGACCAAAAGUUACGAGUUGAAGAAGUUGGUCCCUUCACUUACCAAGAAUAUCGUCGAAGUGGUGACUUUCAAGUUGACGAAGAGGCUGGCGUGAUGAGAUACAAGCCGCUUAUCAGAACUAAGUUCCUUCGGGAACAGUCCAUUGGUGACCCUGCGAAGAUCAACGUAACCGUAUCGAACGCUGCAAUGUUGACGAUGGCUUCACUGCUCAAGCCCUAUUCGUUUUUGAUCAAAGUAGCAUUCAACGCGCUAGUUAAUCGGUUGCAGUCCAAGUCAAUUGUGGAAACUAGCGUCUACCAGUACCUCUGGGGUUUUGAAGAGCCCUUGUUAUCCUUAUCCAAUACCCUGAUGCCUGGUUGGAUCACUUUUACGAAAAUGGGGAUUUUGGAUCGUCUAUAUGACCAAACAAACACACCUCUGUUGGAGGUUAGUGUUGGGACUGCGGACAAGUUCCAAGUAAAGAAAAUCGAUGGCUGUCCCGGUUUACAGAUGAGAGGAUACCAAAAUCCAAGCAACCGAACUCAUUGCAACACAUUAGUAGACACGUAUGAAGGUUUUGGUUACCCUCCAGGAUUGACACCUGAUAGGCCGCUAAGACUUUACCGAAGUACAUUCUGCAGACUUCUAGACCUUGAUUACGUUGGCAGGAAGAAAACGGAAAUCAGUCCUGAAGCUUUCGUCUACGAAAUUAGUAAUAAGAGCUACUCUAUAGGCCCUAGCAAUAAAUGUCUCUGUGAACAAGAAGACGAAUGCAUUGAUGGUGUUACUGAUUUGUCUCCUUGUUUACUUGGUUUCACUAUUGCUCUUUCAAAUGGACACUUUUUAUAUGCUGAUCCUAAAGUGUACGAACGCGUUGAAGGAAUACGGCCCAAUAAAGAAAAACACGGCAGUGAAUUUAUCGUAGACCCUAGAACAGGAGUUGCCCUUAGCGGCCGGUUUACUGUGCAAGCAAACGUGAUCGUUAAAGACGCCGAACACUACAACAAAGUCAAGCCAUUUGCAGACAUGGUCGUGCCUCUGGUGUACUUCGAAAUUGUACAACCCCCAUUGCCUGAAGAUAGUGUAAUCAGUAUUGAAUUAGCGAACAAAGUUUUCCCCUAUGUAUUUCGUGGUCUUGAAAUAACUAUGUUUAUAAUUGGCAUGUUAAUAUUGUUAUUUGCUUUGUAUAAAACUUUUCCGCGUACUCUUAAUAUUUGUUUACACAAGAAGAACGAUGAUGAUGUCAGUGUUGUUCAAGUAGAAACAAAGUUUGUGAUGGAGAAAGUCAAAGACACUGAAAACAAGAAAAAUCACCUAGAUAUUAAAAGUCCAGAUAGUUAAAUAAAUAAAUUAACUAAUACUAUAAAAAAAGUGUAAAUAGACGAAGAGACGAGAAAUAAAUACUAAUAAUGCUGUUAAGAGACUAAUCCCAUUAUAGGGGUAACGAAGACAAUUAAAAGUAAGAACAUAUUAAGAACAUAUAAUCGAAAAUUAUAAAUAAGAUAUUUCAAAUUAAAUAUUUUUUUCUUCGGAUGAUACUGAUAUAGCUAUUGGAAGUAAGGGAGAUGCCAUCAUCGGCAUUGGUGGUAGUGGUGGUGGAAACAUUGGCCCUGGUGGCGGAAGUAUCGCCGGGGCAUACAUCGGCAUUUCGAAUUGAAGAUUAACUGUUUUCAGUAUUUUGAAAAAGAAUACGAAAAAAACCCAUACACUGUUAACGUUCUGUAACAAAUAAAAAGCUAUUUACUUUACAA